AUGUCCGUUAAGGAGGGGCGUGGCCAGGAGAAUUCAUUCAUUCGGCAAAAAAAGCUCGACUACUCGGCAAGAGUUCAAGCUUUUCCCCCCAUUCGAGGUCAGAAGAACGGCCUAGAAUCAUACGCUUCCUUGCCCGCCAUGCGAAUAACCAACAAAACCGAAGCCGAAUUUAUUCUGGCCAUGUCAGACACUUGCAAUUCGCCCCAUCAGUCCUUUGACAAUUAUUUCGCCUAUUUUCUAGCCUUCUCUAGUAUUUUUUCUGCCGCUUCUACCAUUUUUAUCGUUCUGACGAGGUCUCCUAACUCGAUGAAGCUGUACAGAUUAAUUUUGAUUCAGUAUUUGAUAUGGUGAGCUUUUUCAGUGAGUUUGAAGAAAAAUAGUUCAUUCAUGCUUUUAUAUGAUGUUUAAAGGCGCAGGGAGGAGCCAAAAAAACCUUUUUCUGUGCCUUUUAAAAAAAUCAAAUAAAGCAUUUUUGAAACACUUUUAUAUAUAAUAUGAUAUGUAGAGAUUUUUUUAAAAUAAAAUAAGUUGAAAACAAUAGGAUCCAAUUAAUGAAAAAGAAAAGAAGAAUUCCUCAACUUUUAGAGAUCAAAGAAAACUUUCUAAAAAACGCUCGAUUGGAAAUUCCUAAUUCAGGACGACCGCCUUCUCAUUAUCUUUCACAUUUAUCGGCAAAAUCAACUUCUACAGUGAUUAUAUCCUUUUUAUACGGGAACCCACGAUUGAUUGCUUUCCGAUCAACCUACAGACAUCUUAUCUGAUUCUUUGGGUUUCUGGAGCCGGUUAGUUUUCCUUUCUCUGUUGGUAUAGUCGAAUCAGCUUGAAAAAUGAGAUGAAGUAAGAACAGAGAGUGCAGACAGUUAGGCUUAAAUCGUGUCGCUAUGAACGGACUAUCUUUCAAAAUGUUCCUUUCAGCGAUGCAAACUUCAAUAAUAUGCCUAUUCGAGUGCCGUCACCACGAAUUUCUACCAGAAGGACAUUGGUUGAAGCUCAAAAAUCGGAAUCGGAUCAUUUUCCGCACGUUUUUCUUCGUUUACUAUUUCCUGAGCGGCGUUCCGGCCGUCGUCGUCGGCCGGCCGCCGAAGGAGGAAUUUCUGAGGGUGAGAAUUAUUCGAUUAGGAAGUCAGCAAGUUAGAUGGGAAAAUUGAGAAAAUGGCAUUUAGAUUAGAAAAAAGGCGAACAUCGGAUAGCGUCUUAAGAAUGGCUAUGGUGGAUUGAAAGUGGAGUUCAUUUUUUAACUUUUGGUUGGGGAUUCUCUGAGAAUUGGUCAGAACACUUCUUGAUGUACCAGAUGAGGAUCGUGAAAGUCAACCUGCACGACUUCUUCGUUCUCGAGAAAUAAAGGUUCAAAGCCCCAAAACAGCCUAUUUCAAUGGGUUUUGAGGGUUUUCUUUGAAAUUGAGGCGUCAUUUCCCGAAAACGAGGAAGUUGUGUAGGUUGUGACUUUGAUACUCUUUUUCUGGUACAUCAAGAAGCAUUCUGUUCAACUUUCAGGAAAAUCCCAACAGCAAAGUAAAAUGACUUUUCUUGUGAAGGGGUCACUUGGAACUAACUAUCGAUAUUUUUUCACUGAUUUUCCGAGUUGUAGUUUAUUACAUUAUUUUUAGAAUUUCGGUCACUUGAAAAUUUUCUGCGUUGUUCAAUAGGAAAUUAAGAGUGACAUUAAGAUUACUAAAAAUAAUAAAAACAAAAUUGUGUCUUAGGAACGGCUGUAGGGGCUACUUAAGCAGUAACUAAAAAUGUGAGCUUUUUCUUCCAAAGUUCAUUUCUAUGUAUUAAUAUGUUCGCUAGAGUUAUACCAGCUUUUUUUUCUCAAAAAGCUAAAUCACUAUAGUGACCACUUGAAGCUUAAAUUUCGAAAAACCUCGUUGUUUUCCGUGUUUUUCCCCAAAUUCAAAACAAUGAAAUGAAAAGAGGAAGGUUUUUUUUCUCAUUUGAACAAAAUGUGCAAUAAUUGCCGCCAUCUGAGGUCCGUCUUAUCCGAAUUUUUCCCACUAGUCAUCAUUUUUCCAUGAACUUUUAUUACUUAUUGCUUGAAAUGCUAUUUUUCUCAGAGAUGAAGCCACUUUUUCUGUUGUUAAUCUUUGGAACUUUUCAAAUGGCCUCUUUCGGAAAAAAAUCAAAGAAUUUCUCAGAGAACAGAAGGAAAUAUGUAUGGAAUGGCUGAGGACUUUAACGUAAAUUUUGGAAUUUUAAAUUUAAAUUUAAUCGGAAAUGUUGUGUUUUAAAAGAUCCUACCCUAUACUUUCCUCACCUGUAAAUAUGAAAAUAUUAAUUUUUCAACUUUUUCCGUGCCUUUUCUUAGCUCAAUUUUCAUAGAUACUUCGAAAAUGUCGCGUAGCAAACCUAAUAUGCUGCAAACUGAACCAUAGAAAAACCUACAAUGAAAAGAAAGCCUUGAAUAAUUUAAAAAAGAUACGGAACUCUGAAAAAAGUCUACGAAGACGCGGAAAUCUUUCAAAAAAGGCCAACUUUAUAUUUUAUUCACUAUCAAGGUUUUUUUUUAGUGCAUACGGCAAUCUUGCACUAAUUUCGAGCUGAAUCAGACAAGUUCCUUUUUUCGGAAGCUACAAGGAAGUUUCCGCUGAAGAAAUGAAAAUUUUCCCAAAUUCAUCAAAAACUGCUCGGUUUUGCAACGGGUUUUUUGUUCACGAAUUUGUGUUCUCUUGCAUUUUUGAUCAGCUUUUUGACGAAUAUUCGCUUCAUCCUUGGGCUGAGCACUGAAACAAGUCUUGCCUUCGUUUAUACAGUUGCGUCGGGAAAAAAAAAAACGAAAAGUUGUUUUUGUUCACAACUUCCGUAGGGAGCUCAUCCUUUCAAAACUUUCUAAAACUACUUUUUUUUUCUGCGAACUGACAUUCCACCAGUGGGCUGCAAAUAACAUUCAUCAAAACUCCAGAAAGUUACGAAAAUAUCAAGAAACUCCUUUUCGUAUAUUUUUGACGGAACUGUAUUUUUCUUAAAGUUCAAAAAUGAUCUUCUGAUUUUUUUUUCCAUUCAUUUUCAUCUCGAAGGAACUCAAAAUCUUUGCACGAUGUCGCUUUCCGCUGAAAACGUGUUAAGAAUGAAGCCCAAAAAAAGUUUCUUUGAAAUAUGAGAACUUGGGUAAACGAAGUUUUUGCGGCGCUUCAAGUGCGGUCAAAAAAAGAAUUAUUUUUUUGUCUCAAUUUCAGCUUUUUUUGAGGUAAUCUAGAUAAGAAGGGAGCCUGAUAAAAAAAUCGAGAAGUUCUUUGUAGUUUAAAAAAAUAUAUGAUCAAAAAAAGCUGAUCAAAAACAGACGAGAACAAUUUUUGAAAAAAACGCGAAAAAAACUUAUUUUUUUCCAUUAAAUUUAGGACUAUUAUCAACUUUAAAAAAACAUUUCAGAGGUGAAAAAAAUCCUUAUAUUUUUUUCGAAAAAAACCUCAUUUCUCGACCGCCUCUAGAUUACCCUCUGCACUAAAAAGCCUCUACAAUGAAUAAAAUAUAAAGUUGGUCUUCUUUUUACGGUUGAAAAAAAAUUAACAACAAUAAAAAACAAUAAAAAUCAAUAAAACUUAAUUUGAAAAGUCAAAAUGUUCAUUUUUCUUUGGUCCCUUGCUCUUCAGUCCUACCAAAUUGAAAAUUAAGCUUUCUGAUCAAAAUCUCAAAAAAAAAAACGUUAAAAGAUUCGUCUAUUACAUAACUUUUUUCUUCUGUUCUCUGAAAAAAGCCUUUUUUCCGCAGAGAGUUGGAAAAGUUUCAAAGAUCAAAAACAACAGAACAAGUGGCUUCAUCUCAAGUAUUUUUCAGAGUAAUAAGUAAUAGAGAUUCGUGAAAACAGGUUGAACUAAAUCCAAAUGGCGCAGAACAAGUCUGCGCCUAAUGAAUGAAUCUUAAAUGGGAUAGACCGCCAAAACUGAUUUGGCAAAGCUUUCGGACUUUAUUCGGGAAUCGGAAAAAUACAGGAAAACUUUGAGUGACCUUUAUAGGUUUAUCAUUUUCGAGGGGUCAUUUUUGAGCACACGAACUAGUGGCCACUUAAAAAAAAACGUUUCUUUUUUCCAAUUUGGAAAUGAAAUAGAAAAAAAUCAAAAAGUCUGAAUGGCUGUUAUAGGGUUUUGAGGUUCAAGUGAUCCUUCAAGAGACUCAAAACUAGAACCUUUUCGUAAAAGUGAAAGUCAAAAAAAAGAGCAACUAUUUCCAUGUUUCUCUGACCUCGGCGGUGAGGGAAAAGAGGGAGAAGACAGGUCAGAUUGUUUCUAGUCAUGGCGUAAAAAGUAAAAAGCAGUAAAAAAAUAUUAUUUUUUUACAGGAUUUUUCCCGAAGAAAGAUGCAACGUGGAGCAGAAUCGAGUUCUGAUGAUUUCCCUACAAGGAAUGGGCCUGCUCCAUAUCAACAUGAUGUCGACUUUGUCCACUUGUGGGGCCGUCAUUUCGCUGUUCGUGUGGGACUCUUGCCGAGUCAUGCGACGGUACAACUUGCACCUGUCGGAGAAUACGAAAAGGCUGCAGAAGGGCUACUUGAAGUCACUGAUUAUCAUGGUUGGUUUUGAUCAUUUUGAUAAUUUUGUGGGACUUUUGAUAAUUGGAUCUCGAAAUAAUAAUAAAGUAGCUGGAGAUCUCAUAGUCUGUUCAUUUUUCGAAUGUCCAGCGCAAUGACUUCAUUUAAAAUGCCUCUCUGAUUGGCUUUUCACUGCAUUAGGGGCGGAGCUUGAGAAUUAAAAAAAUAAACAGAGUAUACGCGCCAAACUCCAAUUUUUUUCAAUAGUAAAAAAAUUGAGGGUAACUGUGAUUAAAAACCUUCAUAAAAAAAUUCAAUUUUCGGGAUAGAAAUCUAUUUGGCCAGGUUUAAAGAGAUUUAAAAGCUCUAUUCGUGUUAAUGUCUUCGGAAUUUUGCAAGCUUAACUUUGGUUUUUUUUUCUUUUUUUUUUUCAGAGCUAAAUCCUCGUCAUAAACAUUUUUUGUAUCCUCUUGGAAUUUUUUUUGCCUGUUUUCAAAAAAAGGGCACCGAUAUAAGUCCUCAGAUUUCCAAAAUUUAGGCUUCUUUAUUCGUUUUUCCAUGAUCCAGUAUGCGUUAACCCUCAGAAAAAGUUCUCUAAAGUGCAGAUUUAUAUUUCAAGGAAUUUUUUGAAGUCAAACGUUCAUAAGUCACUUGAUCCUUAAUCAGAAGUCCUAAAAGGAAUAUUGUUCAAUUUCUGAAUAUUUUGAGGAAAACAAUCAAGUUUCAACUUUAAACUUUGACAGGGUUUCAAUUCAAGUCCAGGAACAAAAAAUUUUUUCGACGCAAACGGAUUUUCUAGAAAGGUUUUUGAGCCCAAACAUAAGCUUCCCCAAUAAAAUCCUGUUUUUUUCGAGUCUGGAUAGUUAUUUUAUUUGAAGCUUAAUUUUAAGGAGAAAUUUUCGACUUUUGUAUUUUUAAAAAAAUUAUUCUUCAAGCUUUAGAAAAAGUCUUUCGCUAUCGAAGUGAUGAAAAAAAAGAGAUCUCCGUUCAUUUCCGGAUGUUUUUAGUGCAAAUUCUCGAUUUGAACUCUAAUUUUCUGAUGUGAGAAGAGAUGGAACGUCUGGUUCAUUCGUCAGAAUGAAAUAUUAAUAAGUGGAUGAAGUUGAUCCCAUUCUGAAGCAUCAAUAAAAUUCGAUGUGACUCAAUUCAAAUCGGAAAUAUUAAUUUAAUGUGACUCGAUUCAAAUCGGAAAUAUAAGUUCAUUUUGAAAUCAUUUUUUCUUGAAGUUUUAUCAAAACUUUCUUCAAAAAAUUUUCCGGUUUGGUUUAAAAAAUGGAAAACAUAAAAUCCAACCUUCCCAUUUUUCAGGUAGUGACCCCUUUAGUGACGCUAUUAGGACCAGCCAUCGUCCUUAUCCCACUCUGCACCAUGGCAGAUUGCCAAAGUACAGGUAAACCAAAAAAACUAAUCUCAAAGAAAUAACUGAAAAAUUCAAGGAACGAUUGCAGACGCUGCCGCCGUGGCCGCAUCAUUAUUUUCGGCAUAUGGGGUCGUUACUUCCAUUUUGAUCAUUACAAUUCACCGUCCAUAUCGCCGGUUUAUAUAUCGAAUCGUUAGGGGGAGAAAUUCGAUACAAAGUUUGUGGAUUCUUAAUUUUCCCAUUAUUCCAUGUAAAGUUACAGAAGCUCACUAUGAGGCCAACAAAUCGACCAAUCCUUCGGUUACCUUGAAAGUCACUAUUGAAGAAUGA